UUGAAAGUUUUUGUUUAUGUGUGUUAAGAUCUUAAAAAAGUAGUCGUACGUGAUCGGAAUAUUUUGGAACAUGAAUGUAAACAAUAGUUUCAGUAUCAAACUUGAGGAUUCUGGUUAAUUGUUGGCGCGUGAAUGGUUAGCGUAAAUAAUCAGGGUCUUUUCAGCUUCAAACGAGUGGCUUCUUGUAUAAACAGAAGAAACCAAGCGCUUUGAACUAGUAAUUUGUUUUUCAAGAGCACUAUUUUGCUGUGCGGCGACUGUAAAAUGUUAUUGACGUAAAGUUAUUUUUUAACCAGUAUCUAUGAAGUAAAUUGUGCGAGAUGAGUUUUGGAUUACGCCGUCCUUGGCUUGGUUAUAUUGAUUAUUUUCACACAAAAUCUCUUCGAUAAAUCGUCACUGCGUAACUUUAGUAGUCAGAUCACCAUUAACGUUAUCAUGAUUAUCAUGAUGAUUAUUUUUCUGAAUAUAAGCCGCAAAAUAUUAUUGAGUCAGUUUCCAUGAUGUCAUCAGAUAAUGGGAAUGCCCAGCUAUCUCCAGUCUUGUUCCUGGACUUGCAAGGUGAACCGAUGCGCUUCUUCCUGUGUCCAGGUGCCAGCAAAGCCCAGCUCCAGCCUAUCAUCAAAGCGGGUGGGGGUGUGGUAUGCAAAGUGCAGGAGCCCGGUGCCAUUCUGCUGCUAGACCCAGAGCAGGUGGCCAAAGUCCCGGCCAUGUUAGCAAACUGCUACAUCUCCACGCAGUAUAUAAGGGACAGUGUGGAGAAGAACCAGCAGCUGGACGUGGACGACUACAAGUUCAACAACGGCGGGGAACAAGCCCGACCAGAGCAACGCAAGCGGGAGAGGGGGCGUAUGGGCUACACGCCGGAGGAUGACGCUGUGAUCCUGUCUUAUAUAAGCAAGCGCUUGCAAGAGGCCCGGGGCAAUGUAGUGUGGAGGGAGAUGGAACGGCUGGGUGUUACUGAUCACAGCUGGCAAUCUAUGAAGGAUCGCUACCGAAAACACCUGUGUCUGCAGCUGAGUUCACCAAAGAACUGGUCCCCACCCGAUAGAAAACCCUCACGGGACAGGACGCAUCCCAGGGCCUCACCUGAGAAGACAUCCCUCCCACUUGUGAUCGAGAAGACCAAAAUGCGCACCCCACCCGCACAAGAGGCCCCAGCAUGUUCAUCGAAGAAAAGGCACGCAGAAUCGUCACCCGAAAAAGAUAUUGGAGUCGUGCCGGAAAGUUCCCCUGGUCAGUCUGUGAAACAUGGCAUGCACCCACAGGCCUCAUCUGAGGCUGCCCACACACGGUCUCCAGUUAGGAAAAAACACAGAGAAAGUUCUCCUGAGAGUGGCUGUCUAGACACCUUGGCGGAGGAGGAUGGUGUAUUACAAAAGGACACAGAUGCACUUGCAGAGAGCCGGGUGGUGGUACAACAGAGCUCUGAAAUGAACAGAAACACGGUCAAUCCAGAGGAGAAUGGAGAGGAGAUGGAAAAAAGGAGGACUGUUACUCCUGUGAAAAUGAAACUGGGCAUCCUGGAGAUGGCAAUAUUGGAAUUUGAAGAAGAAGAUGGAACUGAUGAUGAGACACCAGACCUGUCACUAAGCAAGAGACCUCAGGCCGACCCAGAAGCGUCUGCUUGUGAGCAUGACCUGGUCGUGAACACAUCCCGGGAGAUUCUGGAUGACCACGCCAGCAGAAAGGCCCAGAUAGAACUACUGGCAGGGAAUUCAGGGCCUCAGGAUCACAGAAGCAAUGGCACAGUAAAGAAGAUCAUUCCUGCAGCUUCAAAUGUCCACACGUUCCUUUUUGAAUCUCAGGAAGAGUUGACCAAUGAUGUCGCUUUCUCCCAGGCCCAGCUGGAGGAAGCAAAACACCUGUUACGUACCUUGAUGAGAGAGUCAAAGCAGGACCUAUGUAGUGUCACCAAAGCCCUGCUGAAAAAUAGCGGUGAAGUGCAAGUUUCCCUGAAAUAUCUGCUAGCAGGUGAUAAAGAGAGGCCCGAAGGACCUUUUUGGACUCGGCAUGAUGACAAUCUCCUCCUUUCAGCCCACCCGUCUCAGCACAAUCUUCACUUGAAAUAUGGGGAAGACGGAAUGGCCAAGAGGAUUGCUUUCCUUGACACUGAAUGAAACAUGAUCACUGUGACAGGACAUGCUGAGCAGAACAGCUGUUAGGCAAUAUCAGCUAUCCAACACGGCAAGUUUUAGUACUUUGGCUGGAAUGUUUGUCUUUUUCCUUUAAAGUUCUCCUACUCAGAAAAUUCUCUGGUGCUGCCUGAUUCCAGGAUCUGCUACCAGGAUUAUAAUUUUAAACAAGUUUUUACUUUAUUAUAUUUGUCAUCAUAGAUAUAGUGUAACUUGAAAUUAUUACAGUAGACAGUACUUGUACAUAAUGACACUUGUUGAGUACAACAUCAUUAUAAAAAUUAUGUUAAAACAUUUGGUGAAUUUCUCUGUAUUUAUACAUAUAACAGUCUGCUUAGCAAUUGUAAUAAAUAGUAUUCUUGUAAACACAA